AUGCCGACAGUGGCAACAGUGGUCCAUGAGACCACAUCAUCUCGGAUAGAGAAGCGGCAGCUUAAUGCCGCACCGUCUGGUACGCCGCUGAGUGAUACAUGGAAAGGCCCGCUGAGCACGAAGGGGCGAUACAUUGUCGAUGCGAACGGGAAUCGCUUUCGAUUACGCGGCGGCAAUUGGCAUGGUGCCUCGGGCACGUAUAAUGGAAAUGGAGACAUUAAUGAGCCGGCGAACCACCACGCUGGAGAGAUGGCGUUUCAAACCGUCCUAUGUCUCGACCGCGCGCCGAUGAAUGAGAUCAUUCAAAAUUUUCUGAAUCUCGGCAUCAACACGAUCCGACUACCGUUCUCGAACCAGAUGAUCCACACUACUGAUGCCGUGCCCGACUCGGCCAUGGCGGCAAACCCUCAGCUAAAGGGAAAGACGCCGCUUCAAAUUUACGAUGAAGUCGUCUCUGCUCUGACGAAGGCUGGCAUCGCCGUCAUUCUGAAUAACCACACUGUCAAGUCGAUCUGGUGCUGCGGUCUAGACCAGAAUGCGCGCUGGAACAUCGCCCAGAGCGAUAAAGAAUGGCAGGACGAUUGGAUUAUGAUGGUGAAGAGGUACAAGGACAACAAUCGCGUCGUCGGUGCGGAGCUCUACAAUGAAGUCAGACGCGAUCUCGCGCAGGACCCAACUUGGGGGCAAGGAGGCUCGACAGAUUGGUACCAGGCCUCCAUGAACUGUGCUGUCCGCAUUCAACGCGAAGCGAAUCCGGACAUUUUGAUUAUCAUUGAAGGCAUCAAUUGGGUCGGCAUCCCACUACAGCAAUUCCCGCACUGGCGGCCGGAAUUAUCACAGGCUAGCUAUCUCUCCCUCACGCUGCCUUACUUAGACAAGCUCGUCUACUCGUCACACAUGUACGCAUACACCGGCGCGAACAACACUGGCGCUUCCUCUGGCCCGUUCACUCUCCCUGACCCGCUCUACCGCGACCUCAGCGUCUCGGCGCUCAACGAGACUAUGGAUCGCCUCGCAGGCUACGUCGCCACAGACACUCUCAAGCAUUACACAGCUCCUGUCUGGAUCAGCGAGUUUGGGUCUGCAGGCCGAUACGAUACCCUUACCGCCGACCGGAACUGGUGGCAUAACUUUAUCAAUUAUAUGAUUGAUCGCGACCUUGAAUUCGCUGUGUGGCCCCUCGUCGGCUGGCAAUCUAAUGGCCAGGGCGACCUUUGGGCGCUGACCGCAUGGGACACGAACAACAACACACUCAGCAUCUCCGAUAACAAUGGUCAGGCAGACUGGCGCUAUCAGGAUUGGCAGCGAUUGAUGCAGGCCCAAAACAUCAAGACGGGCCAGGUGGACGCCGCGCCGACGUUUCGUAUGCUUUUCGCAGACAAUGGGAACGCCGUCAUGAGCAACAAGAUCUCAAGCACCAAGAUCCUGUUGCCUGGCACUCGCCAUGCCGUCUGCCCCGACGGUCUCCGUCUACUCGGUCUGACGGCGGAGAACAACCCGCGAGGUCUGUGCACCGACGUGACGUACGGUCGCGAUCUGUGGGACGCCCAGAAAGGCAUAUGGGAUUUUGUGCCGGACGAACGGCACGUCACACAGGACUGGGCACCAGGCUUCACAAAGCUGACGUGCGCGCCCAACCAACACCUCAUUGGCUACAGCUUCACGGGCCGCAUGUCUGUUGGCGCUUACUGCGCAAAGUUCAGCGAUUCAUGGAGCAGCAAGAAUGCGCUCAACAGUACGCGUGUAGUCUUCUUCGACAAGCAGUCCAAUUACCCUACCAACCACGGCCUCUUCUCGGCAGGCGGCAACACCGGCGCGUGCAACGAUGACGAGGUCGCCAUGGGCUAUGCCUUUUCUACCUUAGCCAACGGCGGCACGCCAGCUGCGCUUCUUUGCAGCUCAACUAACACGUCAAGUACAGGUGCUGGAGGCGGAGGCGCCGUGGUUGCAUCGGGUGCAGACGCAGGAUCGGCUAUUGGCCACAGCGGCUCAAGGAAGCUUUUCACAAUCAUGCUUCCACCGACCCUGGCAAGCCUGCUUCUUAACAUGCACCGCUUUUAG